AUGACAGGUGGCGAGGCAGCACUCAGGAAGAGAAGCGACACGCCGAGGCUGUACUUCUCUGACAGGGGCAGUCGGGCCGUGCUGGCACUUCCAGGAUUUCCCACGGCACCCGGCCCCCCGCAAGGCCGCUGGCCCUGCCGCGCAGGUCGGCAGCGACAUCUGUUUUCUCCCCCUCUACUCCCCCUCCCCUGUCAGGUUGGCCUUCGGCAGCUAGAUAUGUCAUUACUGUGUCAACUGUACUCCCUGUAUGAGUCAAUUCAAGAAUAUAAAGGUGCAUGCCAAGCUGACUCUAAUGCAGACUGCACAUAUGCUCUGGAAAAUGGUUUUUUUGAUGAAGAGGAGGAAUACUUCUAAGAACAAGAAGAUUCUUCUCCAGGCUGA